CGCUGUAAGGUGGGGGGUCCAUCACUGAUGACGUCACUGGUGAUUUGGAAGAUGUUGUAGCUGAAAGUUGUAAAAACGUCGCGUUAAAUUAAAAACCGAGUUAAUUCGUGUUUUCAGAUUCGGGGCGCGGAUUAAAAACAGCAACAUGUCGCUAACUGCGCGAAGAGAAAAUUAAAAGGUCAGACUGAAGCAGACAGGCCCAGCCAUGCCUCAGAAGCUCCAGAAGAACGCUCAGACCGGGCACUACAUCGAGCUGGGAGGUUAUCAGUACUGGCCCGUGCUGGUGCCCCGAGGAAUCCGACUGUACACCUACGAACAGAUCCCAGUGUUUCUGAGGGAGAACCCGUACAUCACAGAUGGGUACAGAGCCUACCUGCCCUCCAGACUCUGCAUCAAAAGCCUCUUCAUUCUGUCCAAUGAGACGGUGAAUAUCUGGAGCCAUCUGUUGGGCUUCCUGCUCUUCUUCUGUCUCGGGGUGUACAACAUGGCGUCCGUGCUGCCCGGGUUCGGGGCCUCCAAAGAGGAUUACGUCAUCUACUCCAUCGGGCUCUUCUGCUUCCAGCUGUGCAUGCUGUKCUCGGUGGGUUACCACCUGUUCUGCUGCCAUCGCUCAGAGAAGACCAGUCGCCGCUGGAUGGCGCUGGAUUAUGCCGGCGUCUCCAUCGGCAUCCUGGGCUGCUACGUCCCCGGGGUCUUCUACACCUUCUACUGUAAUAACUACUGGCGGCAGGUGUACCUGGUGACGGUCCUGGCCAUGAUCCUGGCCGUGUUCUUCGCUCAGAUCCACCCUCAUUACCUCAGCAAGCAGUGGCAGCAGCUGCGCUCGCUCAUCUUCUGCUCGGUGGCCGGAUACGGCCUCAUCCCCACCGUCCACUGGAUCUGCAUCACGGGAGGCUUCUCCUCCGAACUCGUCCAGGCGUUUGUCCCUCGUAUCCUGGGGAUGUACUUCAUCGCAGCGUUAGCUCUCAUUUUCUACGUUUCUAAAGUUCCUGAACGCUACUUCCCAGGUCAGCUGAACUACCUGGGCUCCAGUCACCAGGUGUGGCACCUGCUGCUGGUGCUGAUGUUUUACUGGUGGCACCAGUCGUCGUGCUUCAUCAUGGCGUACAGACACAGCGAGCCCUGCCCCGACGCCACCCAGCACGCUUAGGACGGGGACCGGCUGCUGUCUGGUUGAGAGAAGGAGCAGAGACACCAGGCUUUUAGUUCAUCCCACUUUUUUUUUUUUAAACCUGUGAGUCUCUGAUGAGGGAGCAACCGGCAAACGGGAAUCGAACCCGUGACCUCCAGGAUCAGAGGUGACACUUUUGUGUAUUUUUUAAGAGAAAGCUAAAGCCCGUGUGUGAUCGUAGCUCAAACCGUCACAGAGGCUGAAGUGAGAUUGUCACAGAUGAAACAUGGAAAUAACUAAAUCUUUGCAGUUUCAGUUUCACUUAGUUUUUCUGUAUAAAUCAGACGAAGCAACAAGAUUCAGUCAAGUGAUCUUUUCUUUUUCUUAUGAAUGUUCUGUAAGUGCCUGUAAAUAAAUCAUCAUGUAGCUCUUACUAAAUUAAAUUAACUGGACUUUGAAAUAUAAAACUUUUAAAUCAGCCUCAGUAGUUAAUCACAAAAUGUCCUCAAAAGGGAAAAAAAAUAUUCGAUUAGUUUCACUAAAACUUGUUUUUACGGUGCUGUGAGCUAAGAACGUUAAACUCAACUCAAACGAUUUUCUUUUAUCUAUAGGAAUCUGUGUGUCGCAGCCUCGCGGUGAAAUCUCUUUUCUUUCACUGUCGACGUUUAGAUAGAAAACCAAAGACGCUGUUGUGGAGCAAAGCUCCACAUUCUGUCGUUACCUUUAUUCUAAUUCUUUCUCCUGAUGUGGGAACAGUAUUGAGGAUUUUUACGCCUGAGUAAGACGAACAACUUUGUACUUUGAACACAAGUGAAGCACAGUGUUUUGGUGUUUUGCCUCUGAUUGAGUUAAACAUGAGGAUAUUUCAGAGGCAGGGUGGGGGGGCGGUUCUUCACUGUUUAUUUUUUGUAAAGAUUCAAGCACUGAUUUAGCCUUUUUCUUUUUUUUUUUUCUUUAUGAUUGCAGUUUAUGCUGCGACGUGUUGUUCUCUGUCGUCCUCUGUCGAUCCGGAGGAAGUCACUACUUUGCUUUUUAGUUCCACUCAAGUGUUUUCAGACUUAAUAACCUGUUCUCCAUGUAGGGUCAUGUGCAAUGUCAAAGGUAAACACUUUUUUCUUUUACUGUUUUAAAUGACUUCAUUCCAAAAUGCUACAACUCCACACUGGGAAUAAAAUCUUUGCUGUUUCAUUAAAAUUCUCGUAAAGAAAAGUCUUAAUUAUUAAACCAUGAAUUCAUAUAAAACAUAAACGUGUUUGUCAGGAGUUAGACCUCGUCGUCCAGUUGAAUGGAAACUGUCUCAUUUUGGAAUGAGAUUCAUUUGUUGUCUGUGAUAUUUAAUGUUUUUAAGGUUGUGUUCUCUGGUUUUGAUUCUUUUUGUUGUGAUGUAUUUAAAUUAUUCAUUUUGAAGCUGAUCUGUAAAGAUACGACUUUCUCUCUUGGAAGAACCUGUAGUUUGUCUGAACCUCAUUUUGUAGCCGCAGAACUUUUGUAUCUUGACUUUUCGUACUCGAGCAACAAACUGCUGAACUCAACUCUAAAUAAACUCAACCGUGUCCUGUUUGAAAUGCGUCCCGUUGUUGUUUUAAAACCCACAUCACAGCGUCCGGCUGCUCUGAGAUGAAUCUUAUUUAUUGCACCAAACAGCAGGAUGAAUACACGAGAAAGAAAAACGAUGGAAAGUAGUUGUAUGAAAUGAUCCACUGGUGAAAACGCAGCCACCCACAGGUUUUAAUUCAGAAAAACGUGCCGGUGGUUGUGAAGGUAAAUGCAGUGCUUAAGGCCGUCGAUGCAGAGAACACAGAACUUUAGAUCCCGGAAGAAUUCAGCGCUGAAAAGUGCAGUCAGACAAAUGACAUCACAGAUUUAUCCUCUUUUUUUUUUUACCCCCUCGUGGAAUUUACCUCGGUGAAAAGUCCGACAUCUUAUUUUCUGUUGUCAACAAAUCUCGUGAAAAGACCAAAACCAUUAAAAACCAAAACCAGUGAAUUAGAACUAACAAGUUCUGAAUGUGAGCGGCUGGAAAUACUCACUAAAUGUGUAUUAAUCUGAAAACGUGAUGCUAAGUCGAGCUAACACGGCUGCUGGUUGUAGCUUCAUGUUGAGUAUCAGUGUUUUUAAUAAACUCAAAACAAGAAAGAGAAUAAAUAGGUUUUAGAAAACUCAAACUAUUUAAAGUUGUUGUUUCUCUUGGUGUCAUUAAAAAAUAUUUUUUAAUUUUUGAGCAAAAGUCAAGUUAUUGACUUUCUUGCUGAGCCUCAGACGAGAAGAUCUGUACGCUUGUUAAAUCUACUUUCAAUACGAAGCUAAAGCUAGCGGCCUGUUAGCUUAGCAAAGCAUAAUGGAAACAAGCAGAAAAAGCUAAAAAGAGAUAAAAGACAAUUCCACCUAUCGCAAAACAAUCAAAGCUACGAAAUAACACAGAACCAGGCUCGUCCCAGGUUUUUACGAUGAAUCGACCGGUUGCAGCUUCGUAUCAAACUUGAGAGAAGCUGUUUUUUUAAAUUAACUAAUGGACAAGAAAGCAAAUAAAUGAUUUUGGUCUUUUUAUGGAUUUGUUGCGAAAAUAAAUAAAAAUUUGUCGAAUUAACUAAAACCCAAAACCCAUUUGUCCUUAAAUUUACUCUGAGAAAGUGAUUGAAUCAACAUUCUUAAAAAACUGGUGAUCUAACGCGGCUUCGUGUUUUUAUUUCCUUCUUAUUUCUAACAGAAUGUGAUGAGUUGUAACUUCAUGAAAAAUUAACAGAACUGACAAGUUUACUGCUAAAAAAAAAAAAAA